AUGGAGUCCUCCGAAAGACAGAAAGAAACCAGCAAGAACAGCAGCAAGAACAGGGUCCCGGAUAUGCUUCAUUCCAAUUUAAAACUGAAUGAUCGCCAUCUCACUUUCAGAGCCAACGAGGGGACUCAAUACAUGCCACAAGACACAAUCUACUCAGCGGCGCAGAGUCUGCGCAAUGACAAAUCUGCCUUUGGUGAAUUACACUGGCCGUGGACCAAAAAAGAGUUUCCCGAUGAGAAUGGUCAUGGAAUCAGAACCUGGGACAGGUGCAAUCCAUUGACCAUCAAACAAGAACCAAGCAUCAAACGGGAACCAGGAAUCAAAAUGGAACCAGGAAUCAAGACGGAACCAGGAAUCAAAAUAGAACCACCGAAAUUCAACAAUACUCAGCAAGUUGAAGGCCGUCUUGUCAUUGACCUCACAGAAGAUGACGAGGAUUCAUCAGCUCAAAAACGUCCGAUGCCACGUGCUGAAUUAUUGACCGCCAUCAAAAAGCGCCAGAAGACGACUAUGGCCCCGACUGAAAUCAUUGACCGCUCAGUCAAAGGCUUGUUCGUACAGGAUGAUGAUUCCCCCCGAUCUGUCUCCUCCGGCAUCAGCGAUCCGUGGCUUGAGCUAGGCGAAGAUCACGUUUCUGGAUUCGAUGAAUACCAGAAACAAUUUCAAAGCCUGCAAUCUCCUUCCAUCGAACAGCAGAUUGAGUUCGAAAAGCGGAGAGAAGAAGAGCUCCAACGAAGAAGAAAGAUUAGGAAUGACAAGCUUUGUGAGCUGACUGCAAAAGCAAAAUCGGAAAAUGGGUCCGAGGGUGAUAAUUCUUCUCGUCCUGCCUUGGAAGAACAGCCUCAACCCAAAGACCUUCAGUCCCAAGAGGACAAACAGUCAGAGUCGAAAAGGCCUGCUCGAGUAAAGCGAGUGGUUACACGAGUCUCAAAAGCGGGAAUUAGAAAGUCCAAAGAAAUUGGCCUUGCUCAGUUGCUUUCCAAGGAAGGGUCUCGAAAGGCUGCUAAGGCUACCGAGCCUGAAUCUGAAUCUGAUUCUGAACCCGAAUCUGAACCUGAAGCUGAAACGGCGAAGGCACCUGACGAAAAAGGAAAUCGGAAAAAAGCUCGACGCCAACACACGUUAUUGUCAAACGAAGAAAUCCAAAGUAUUUUCCGACGGGAUGCUGGUACCAAAAAAGGAAAGGAUCCGUUACCCCCUGGGUUUGUCUCUACGGAGAAAAACAAGCAGAAGGCCUUCAGAGAGAUGCUCGCUAGUAUCCCAGUUGAAGAAAAGGCUGAAGCACGUGGAGACCUAUCCAUCCUGAAUGAAGCUACAAAGACUUUUAAUCCAACAGCAAAGUCAGACGGCUUAGGAAAAUGGAAGGUUAGAGGGCUGUUAACACCUCUAAUGGUGAACCAGGUAUUGGCUACCUCUUGGAUGUGCAAACGCGAGACCUCUUCGGGCAAGCCGAACGGUGGUUUACUCUGUGAUGUGAUGGGAUUUGGAAAGACCCUGUCGACACUGGCGUGCAUUGUGAAUCGAAAAGUGCCAACUGAGCCAGAAGGUCCGACACUGAUUGUCGCCCCGAGAAGUUUGAUAGAGACCUGGAUGACGCAGAUUCGGCAACAUUGUGACCCUGACGCAGUCGGGACUGUCAUUGCACAUUGCUCUGGUGCACGCGUGAAGACCAAUAACCUCGCCAACUAUUUCCGACAAUGUAACAUUGUGUUGACGACGUACACGGAUAUAUCCUAUUCCUACCCUAAUCUAAAGCUGCCCCCUGGGCUGAAGACUGAAGCCGCCAUCGAAGAAUGGUGGAACCAGGAAUAUGACCAGAAAGCAGGCGUCUUUCAUGAAAUCCACUGGCAUAGGAUUGUUCUCGAUGAAGCACAUAUCAUCAGGAACAGGGUGACCAGAACAUCGAUUGCAGUUCGUUCUCUAAGUGGGAAUUUCAAAUGGGCUUUAACCGGAACACCUUUGCAUAACUCCGUUGAUGAACUUUAUGCUCUAUUUGCAUUCAUCGAUGUCCCCAACAGCCACCCAUACGAUGUGUUCAUGCAUAACUUUUGCGAUGGGACGCACCAUGCUAAAGAUCGGUUGAUCAAUACGCUUCGCGCCAUCAUCCAUCGCAAGACGCACGAGAGCCGUCAUAUGGGAAGGCCCCUCAUCGAGCUCAAAAGAUUAGAUCUGAAGAAAGUCAAGAUUGAGUUCUACCCAGCUGAGAAGCAGAUCUACAGCGCAAUCGCGGAGAAGUUCCUCGAGAAAGUCAAUGCUACUCAAAUGAAAAAGCAGAGGAAAUGCGUUUUAACGAUGAUCCUAAAGCUACAGAUGUUCACCAGUCAUCCACUCACCGCGGAAGAUUACCUCAAGCGGGUGUGUAAUUUCAACAACAGACUGGUUACACAGCUAAAGGGCUGGGUGAGGGAUGAAGAAAGCCAGGGAAACCCGUCCCCAUCAAGUAAAAUUGCGAAGUGUUGUAUUGCAGGGAAAUACCAAACCGGAAUGCCUACAGCUCCUCUGAGGGCUCGAACACCAAGCGAAAAUCUUCGACCACGGCCGCCCGGCAAUUGCGCAAAGCUUGUGUCAAAGUUCGAGGAUAAAAUUAAAGAUCUCUUGAGACGUGAAGCAUACUAUGAGAGUGACCAUCGCACCUGGUUCUGUCCUGGCUGUGAGGGGCUCCCAACAAGGGCUAUAAUCACGGACUGUCAACACCUUUACUGUGAAGAGUGUUUCGACGCACUCCCCGAUGAAGAAGGAAACACCGAUGGUGUCGCUCGAUCGUGCCGUACGUGCAGAAUGCCGAUCAGAAAGGCUGCAUUCUACGGAAUCUACGAUGACUUCGACACACCUCCAGUGGAGGCUGCCGAGUCUUCUUCUCUUGGACGAGCGGGCCAGCAAAAGCGACCAGCGACGCCAGAUACAAGUACAGCAAGGGAAGACCAAACCAAGAAACGCCGGAUGGGUACAGGCUGUGGUUCCACUUUCUCGGAAUGGUUAUUGGCCGACGGAAAUCUAAUCGAAUUUGACGGCGAAAGCGACGACAGCGAACAUGGGAACCAUGACGCAGCGGAAGACGAAAACCCCGACGAGGAUGAUGUUCCCUGUGAAGAAGAGAUUGACGAAAAACAAGACUGGAUAGCAGAAUACGGGAGAUCCAUGCCAGGCGCCAAAUUUGAUGCAAUCACGUCUCAAGUCAAGAAGUGGCUCGAAGAAGACAGCACCGCAAAGAUCGUGAUAUUUACGCAGUAUGUCAACAGCACUAGGCUUUUGAAGUACAUGUGUGAAGAUAACGAUUGGAAAUGCUCCCAAAUUGCGGGUCGAAUGGCCAACAGGUCACGAGAAAUUCAUUUAGACAAUUUCCGAAAUGACGAUGAAACGAAGAUCAUGAUUGCAUCGAUUAAGACAGGUGGUCUAGGUCUUGAUUUCUCUGUGGCAAACAAGUGCAUACUGGUUGACCUAUGGUGGAACGAGCCUGUCCAAGACCAAGCGUUCUUUCGCCUUUGGCGGAUUGGUCAACAGCGAGAUGUCCAAUGCAUCAUUCUAAUGGUUAAAGGGUCCAUUGACGAUUGGUUGAACGAGACCCAGACGCGCAAAGCCAAGCAGAUCAGCGAGGUCAUGAGUCAAAAUGUGCUCAUGGCCCGAAGCACGCUCAAAGAACUGCUGCAGAUGUUUGGUGAAGUUAUUGAUGACCCCAAGAAGGGAUUCAGGGUCGUACCGUACAAAGAGACGGCCCAAAGUGCGUCAAAUCCCACGCGCAACCGCGCGUCCAAAUCUACGCCCAAAACCACUACCAGAGCCAUUGGCACACGAAAGGCCAUUUGA